AGUCGACAGUGAAGAGGCAUCAUCAAAACAACCCGGAGCAACGAGGCGCGUCCGCCAAAAUAAGGCUUCUUAAAUGCUUAUCAAAUGUGGAUAAUUUCCAUCGAAAUUCUGAGACUGUUCUGGGCUUGAAGAAACGGACAGCAUUCAUUCAGCCCAUAUCCCAAAUGAAGAGAUCCUUUCCUUCUAAAGAAAAAGCAAUGGUCAAGCCCACCCGUGAGGUGUACUUGUUCCCAGGAGUUUCAACUAAGCUUUUUGAAUGUCGUCGUGAUAAACAUGAUUCAGUGUACCUCUGUGGAAGGUGCUCUCGGAAAAUCGCAGAAGAGGACAUAGUCGACCAUGUUACUGACUUAAACCACCAGAAGAUGCGUCGAGUGGUUGUUAAUGUUGGUGAAAAAACAUACAACAAUAUUUCAAAGCAAAGCUUUUACACAGCCCUUCACACACUGAAGGCCCUUAAUCUUCAACGCAACAGUUUGAAUAUACGCACUUCAGCUUCAAAACCAUCAUCUGCUAGACCUGGUAACGCCUCAGCAGCACUUCAUGUUCAGCAUGUCGGCUCUACAGUGGACAACUUCGAGGUUGUGGAUCAGGAGAGGAACAGUCCAGCAGACAGAGUCAGACACAUGCCAAUGACCAAGAGAGUCCAAGUCCCCUCCUCUGAAGCUCAAACCAAGACUUUUAUGAAGUUGUCCACGUCAGCUGGCAGUUUUCAUCAUUAUCAGUCUAACAAUUUUGGUAAGCGGGCCUUAAAUGUGCCCGCAAAAGGGUCGCAUGUUGUCCGCUUGCUGCCUUAUUCCAGAAGAAAUGGCUCCAAAGAUGUUACUCCAAGUGCAAUCUGUAAAAAAGCUGCAACUCCUCCUAAAAUGAAAAGGUCAGCAGUUAUCUCCCCCAGUAUGCCAACCAUAUCUAAAUGUAUAAAAACUUCAUCCGCAAGGAUGGGAACCAAUUCAAGUGCAACCUUCUCUAGAAUGGCCUCAACCUCAAAAAUUGUACCCAUGUCCAGAACACUGGAAGGAGAAAGAACUGCAACCAAAGCUAAAUCUGCUUCAUUUAAUGCUGCAAGAGCCACAGGGCUGCAUGAAGCUACCUGCAGAACUGACGCCUUAUCAAGGCAUAAAAAUACUCCCAGAAGUACUGCAGCCAACACCUCAACCAUCUUUCAAACCAAGUUAACAUCUGUGGCUACUCCUAAAGGUCCUAAACCUGGCUCUGAAAAUGCUAAUGCUUCUAAAAAUGCACAUAUGGAGAAUUCAUUGAAGGCAAAUGCCGCUAUUGGACCACAUGCUCAUAAGGGAAACCCACCUGCUGCUCCUCACCUGAAAACUACCUUGCCUGCAGCAUCUGAGCACAAAAGGCAACAUAAAGAGCCUUCUCAUACAUCUGCAGGGACCAAGCAAAGUGGAAACCAUCCUAAAGUCGGCUUAAAUCAACUCAUUAUUGUGUCAUGGGAAGGAAAGCAGCAAGUCUACUGUCAACUGUGUUCAGUCAGGUUAAAACGAUCUGAUCACCCUCUCAGUUUAGGCCACCAGUAUAACUAUGUGAAAAUGAAGUACCCUGGAUGGACUUCAACUCAGGCAGAGUUGGAAAGCAAGCUGAAAAAUAUAGUAGCCCAUCUGGCUGAGGUUGAGAAAAAUUUAGGAUCUCAGAAUGCCCAGAAAGUGGAAGUAAAGAAGGACGUGUACCAAAAGCUGGCUCUUCUUCCAGAAAAUGAAGCUGUUGAAAGGGUAAAAGUCUUGGUGAGGCCGAGAGACCCACGGGUCACCUUUUCCUCUUCAGAAGAUACUGCAGAGGUGGUGAGACGGGAAGUUACUAGUCCAUGUGAAGUUUCAAGCUCAGAUGAUGUCUCAGGAGCACUGGUCCCAUUCAGUGAGAUGCCAGGAUUUUCUGCCAAGAGCCAGCUAAUGCAGGAAACUAAAACUGACCGACAAAAACUAUUGGACCAGAUCACAGAAAAGAAGUGCCGUUUGACAACAGAAAAUGAUCUGGCUGUAUAUCAGUCCGUACGAGGCCAAAGCUUAGAUGGUGAUCGGAUUCAUCACCAGCUUCCGUCAUCCGGAGCUUUGAAUAAAAAGCAUCCAUUGCCCAUCCCAGCUGCUAGCAGUCAAGCUGAGGUCAAGGCAGAAACCGUCAAGCAUGAACCACUUGAGCCUGAUGGAGAUGCUCAGCCGCACAGUGAAAUCACGCUAUUGACACAGACUCCUGUGAUCAAAGUUGAAAAAACUGAUCAUUCACAGCCUCUUGUGAAUCCUGACAUCAGACAAGAGCAGAAGAGUGAUCAAACUUCAAGGGAGCCACAGAAUGAUCUAGAAAGUAAACAGAAAUUAACACCUUAUCAAAUCAACAGUCCAAAUCUGGAGGCUGCUACAGUGAGUACAGGACAGCUGGACCUGUCUGGACCAAGCCACUCUGAAGGACCCAGAGAGCCCAAAAUAUCACAGGCAUUCACAGUAACUUCAGCUGGGAGAAUAAUUCAGGGCUCCAGUCAUCUGUCCAUUUUCUUGAAAGCAAGUCGACAGGACGCUAAACCCAUCAUUGGAAUGGAUUUGGUGUGGGAGUGUCGAGGGAUGUCUCUGGAAACAUUCUUUCUUUGUGAAAGCUGUGAGGAAACGGUUUCAUGCCGCGACAUCUGUCAGCACAUGGCCAGCCUUGAUCACGAGCUCAAAUACAUAUGGAGAAAACACCCUGAGUUUCUAAGGAUGUUCUGGCAUGAUGAAAGUUUGCCCUCUUCUGAGAAAGAGGAUCUUGUAAAGCGCAUUGUGAAAGAGCUCUCAGAGCGGGAGCGUUUCCACAAGGUGGACGCACAGUGUGUAUUGCUGGGAAAGGAGCUGCACCAGUUUGUCAAAACAUCUUCAUUUUGUGAAGCUCUGAAAAUGGUGUGUGAUAUAAAAGAUGAGGAAAAACCAAACAUAGUCUUUCUACCCAUCAAUACGAGGCAGAAAUCCAGCCAGCAGCCAGAAGACUGCUAUAGCCUUGUCCUAAAGGAACAGAUGACAGACCAAAGAAGUGACAGUGGCUGUCUGUCUCUCCAGGAGUCUCAAGUCGUCUGGAAGGGAACUAUUCUCCUGUAAAGGCAGAGUCUGUCUCUCCAGUCCCCGUUGUUGGCACAUGUUUUACUCUUCAAGACACUCGCGAUGGUCUUUAUCUGCAACCAGAAUUCAAACCUGCAAUCUCUCAGUUCCCAAAAUCUGAUGUAAAACAAGAAG